GAGGGAGGGAGGGAAGCUGGGGGCCGGGAGGGCCGGGGGGCUAUGCCGCUGUGGGAGCUGCUGAGACCAUCGCAGUGAGGAACACGCGGAGGAGACCACCAGGGCAAGAUGGAGAAUAAGUGGUUCAUGGAUAUCAUCUUUGAUGAAUUUAGGGAUGGCAAGAUUAACAUAGAUAAGACCUUGAAACUGUUCAAUAAGAUGGAAGUCAGCUACGACUACGUUCAUGUGAAAAAAGUGUUUAAGAAAAAUGACAAACAGAAGUCGGGACUCAUCACCAUGGAAGAUUUUAGGGCAAUUUACCGAACGAUUUUGCACAGGCCUGAACUUAACGAACUCUUCAGCAGCUACGCACCAAACAAAAAAGUUCUGACAGCAGCAAAUCUCGCUGACUUUCUGAGAAAGGAACAGUUUGAACUUAAUGCUGAUGACCGAAGAGCUAUUUCUCUCAUUAAUAGAUACGAACCCAUUGAAGAAGCAAAAAAACAAAAGCAGAUGACCUUUGAAGGCUUCAUACGAUACAUGCUUUCAGAAGAGUGCAACAUCUUCAAAGUACAGAACAAGGCUAUUUACCAAGAUAUGAGCUACCCACUGUGUGAUUAUUUCAUAUCAUCGUCACACAAUACCUACCUGAUACAAGACCAGCUAAUAGGGCCAAGUCACCUUUGGGGCUAUGCCAAUUCCCUGAAGAGGGGAUGCCGCUGUGUAGAAAUUGACUGCUGGGAUGGGCCGGAUGGUGAGCCUGUUGUUUAUCAUGGGCAUACUUUGACAAGCAAAAUCACCUUCCAGAAUGUCAUCAACGUGGUCCACAAGCAUGCCUUCGAGGUAUCCGAUUAUCCCAUUAUUUUAUCUUUGGAGAACCACUGCAGUCCUCCCCAGCAGGAGAGAAUGGCAGCUCAUAUGCUAGACAUCUUCAGAGAUACACUCUGUGUUUCAACACUUGAUGAUUCUAUGCCAUCUCAGCUACCCUCCCCAGAGGAACUGAAAUAUAAGAUAUUGAUAAAGAACAAGAAAGUUGGCAGCCUAGAAGACACCCUUCGAAGGAGAGGUGAGAGAUGCCGGGGUCAGAUCGGAGAAACGGAAGAAACAGAAGUAUCAGAUGAGGAGGAGGAGGAUGCUACUGGACAUUUGCUGAAGAAAAUUCCUCAUAAGACACCAUCCAAAAAGGGCAAGAAGGAAAAGGGCCAUAAGGUUAAGGUAGCCAUGUUGCUGUCAGAACUUGUCAUUUACACUGCUUCUCGGAAGUUUGCCAGCUUUGAAGACUCAAGGGAGAAACAAAAGUUUUACCAAAAUAAUUCUAUCGGAGAGGUGAAAGGCCAAAAGCUCAUUAAAAGGAAAGCCCCUGAUUUUGUCUCGCACACCGUCCGCUUCCUCACACGAAUCUACCCCAAAGGAACCAGGACAGACUCUUCAAAUUACGACCCACAAGAAUUCUGGAAUGUUGGAUGCCAACUGGUGGCCUUGAAUUUCCAGACACCUGGAGUACAGAUGGACCUGCUAAUUGGAAAGUUUUUGGACAAUGGUGGCACUGGUUAUAUCUUAAAGCCAGAAUUCUUGAGAAGGAGAGACACAGGUUAUGAUCCAUUCAAUGUUGCUGGGAAAUACAAUCCAAUUUCACUGUCAAUAAAGAUUAUUAGUGGUCAUCAGCUGCCUCCAAGUAACCUCUCCAAGAGCAAUAAAGCUGAUCCUGUUGUCAAAAUUGAAAUUCAUGGUGUUCCCGGAGAUAUGGCCAAACAGCAGACUUCUGUAAUAAAGAAUAAUGCUUUGAAUCCUAGAUGGAAUGAAUCAUUCACAUUUAACGUCCAGGUUCCAGAUCUUGCCUUGAUACGCUUUGUUGUAGAAGAUCAGAUGGCAUUAACUGCCAAUGACUUCCUUGGUCAAUUUACUUUGCCAGUUCUUAGCAUGAAUAAAGGUUAUCGCCAUGUUCCACUAGUCUCCAAACUUGGGGUCUCCCUCAAGCCCGCAUCACUCUUUGUGUACAUCUGGUAUUUUCAACAACAGUAAUGUCACAACCGCUGCCCCCAGCUGCAUUUUUUAAUAAAGCAACC